UUUUUAAUAAACUUUUGGAUAAUUCAAAUGAAGAAUAUUCAGAAAGUUUAGAUGAUAAAUACUCAGAAAGUUCAGAGAGAGAAUAUUCAGACAAAAUGGAAUCUAAUUCUGAUAUUAAUGAUGAUGAGGAGAAUGAGGAUAAGGAGGAUAAGAAGGAUAAGGAUAAAGAGGAUGAGAAAGAUGACUUUACUUUACGAAUGCAAAAACUUGAGAAA